AUUAUGCCGCAGACAGACAAACAAGUAUGUAUUCCUCCGGAGCUUCCAGAUUUGCUGAAGCAGUUUACAAAAGCUGCUAUUCGAACUCAGCCUCCAGACCUGAUUCAAUGGUCUUCUGAUUACUUUAAUGCUAUGGCCCGUGGAGAAGCUCCUCCUGUAAGAGAACGAACAGAUAGAGUGCCUGUAUCAAACUAUGCAGAGCUUACUCCAGAGCUCUUGAAGGUCUUACACCAGAGAGUGGGUGGGAGGCUAAUCAUCCAUGUUGAUGAACUAGCCCAGAUGUGGAAGGUGCUCAAUCUCCCUCCAGAUUUAUUUGACAGUAUCAUGAACGUUGGACGUUUUACUGAAGAAAUUGAGUGGCUCAAGUUUUUAGCUCUGGCCUGUAGCUCCCUUGGAGUUACUAUUGCAAAAACUCUGAAGAUAAUAUGUGAAGUUUUAUCUAACGAGAAUGACACUGGUCCAGCUCGUAUCCCUUUCAGUACCUUCCAGUUUCUCUACACUUACAUUGCUGAAGUGGAUGGAGAAAUCUCUGCUUCUCAUGUCAGCCGAAUGCUGAAUUAUAUUGAACAGGAGAUCAUCGGGCCAGACGGCUUGAUCAAGGUGAAUGAUUUUACCCAGAAUCCUCGGGUCAGGUUGGAGUAG